AUGGACUGUGGGCAAAAGAAUAAGGGGCCUCGGGCCUGCGUCACUUGCGCCAAGGCGAAGGCGAGAUGUAUCUCGGGACCAAAAGGGAGCAACAAAUGUGAACGGUGCCACCGGCUCCGGAAGCCCUGCGGCUCGCAGACUCCUGCGCCUCCGAGACCGAAGAAGGACGCAAGACCGACAAAGGUUGCGGAGCUCGAGAAGAGGCUGAACGAGUUGACGACACAGCUGGGUGCUACCCAGGGCAAUGCCAGUGCCACUUCCCCACCCACCGCGGUCGGCAGCGCCGACUCUCCGCUCCCGCCCAGCAACAGCAUCAAACCGGCAUCGGCCAAGAUUCCCAUUAAUUGUGACCACCUCUUCCCGCCAGACGACGUGCUAGCGGGCGAUGACGCGGAGACCGGCGCCUCCGUUCCACUCCCGACGCCGGGCUCUUCGACGGCGGACGACCACCCCACUGUCAGCAGCCGCGGUUGGAGCCAGUCCGACGUGCGCGGCGAGUCACCCUGGCCGCUGAACAACGAGCAAAGUAUCAUCCUGCAGACGUUCGUGGACGAAAUGCAGCCUUUGUACCCGUUCGUAAUUGUGCCGCCGAACAUGGGCCCAGCGCAGCUCGCCGCUGAGAGGCCGUAUCUGUGGAAGGGGAUCCAGAUGAUGGCGUGCCACCUGGAUGCGGCGAAGCAAGUGAGGCUGGGGAACGAACUGCUGCAGGACAUCGUGCAGGCGGCAUUUAUGAAACCCGUGAAGAGUCUGGACGUGCUCCAGGGGCUGCAACUCCUAAUUGCAUGGUACAACUACAACAUCAACAGUUAUCAGCUUACAAACCUUCUGUUCUUGGCGAGGUCCAUGUGCAUCAGCUUGGGCUCCAAGGACAACCCUAUCAAGCUCAAGCGACGGGGGAAAGGGAACUGCUACAUGGGCGACAUAAGCGUGCAGAACCAAGAUGUCGACUCAAAGGCGGAGCCACAGACCAGGGAGUCGGCGUCGGCGCGGCUGGAGCUGAUGAGAGCCUUUGUUGGCUGCUACUACCUCAACACGCUCGUCUUCACAACGAACAAGCGGCCGGACGCGUUUAUGAACUCGGCCCAUCUCGAGUCGUGCUGCCGGCAGAUCGAAGAAGCUGGGGAGUACCCCACUGACCAGCUCCUGGUGCAGCUGUUCAAGAUCCAGCAGCUCACUCAGGCCAUCUCCCUUACGCUGGGGGCUGAGAGCAAGAGUUUCCAGUCGCAGCAGCUGCCGCUGACCAUGGCCGUCCAAUCGUUCCAGCAGCAGCUCGACAUCUUCAAGUCGUCGCUCCCGGCGCAUCUCAAAGACAACCUUGUUCUCCUCACGCACGUCAGCAUCGCUGAGAUCCUCCUCUACGAGAUCGGCAUACCCGAGUGCCAGGGUUCGGCGUCCUUCAUCUCGCUGACGGAACGCCUCGAGCUCCUCUGGCGCUGCUGCGGCGCCGCAAAGACGUUCCUCGACCUUCGCUUCCCGCGCAACAACCUGAGCGUCCAGCCGCUCGUCAUAUGUCUCAGCGCCUCCGAUUUCAUCUACGUCUUCAUUUUGUGCCUGAAGCUCAUGACUCUCGAGGUGCCCGGAUGGGAUCUGCAGCUGAUCAAGAAGCACUUGGACCUCGCGGGGGUAGUAGAUGGCUACGUCGCACUUCUCGACAUUUAUGUGGCGCACCGAAACAAGCGACCCGCAGGUGCCGUAGGGACGGACCCGGCCGUGUUGUCGACGGACGUCCCCGGCCAGAACGUCGUCGACCCGUUCAUCCGGCUGACAUGCAUGCUGCGGUACUUCAAGGAGCUGAUCCGGGGCGAGCUGAGCGGGUCCCGGUCGCAGCUCACCACCCAGGGCCCAAUGCAGCUGCCGGCAAGCCUGUCUGACAGCACGCAGGCCAUGAUCUGGGACCUGGACGCUGACUUUUGGAGCGGGAUGCCGGACGACGAGCUCGGAAAGUGGGACGUCGGGGCCGUGUUUCCUGCCAUGGACUGGACUGCCACCUGA